CAGAGAUCUUUCUUUUGUCCUCUUGUUCGGGACCCCGACACAUGGGGUCAACACGGGCUGUGAAUGGGCUCCGACUGAAAAGACUGGCUCGGACGCGGACGUACGCAGACGCCGAUGAGAGCGCGCGCUAAUUAGGAAAACCUGGUCAAGCAAUUAAGCGCGAGGAGAGAAGCCGCCGCGCGGAUUGGAGCGCAGAAGAACUCAUUUAGCUCCCCGGUCACCUUGGCAACAUGAGUUGGAGCUUCCUAACUCGUCUGCUGGAUGAGAUCUCCAACCACUCCACCUUCGUGGGGAAGAUCUGGCUGACGGUGCUCAUCAUCUUCCGCAUCGUGCUGACAGCUGUGGGCGGUGAAACUAUCUACUAUGAUGAACAGAGUAAAUUUGUGUGCAACACGCAACAGCCCGGGUGUGAGAACGUGUGCUACGACGCGUUUGCUCCGCUCUCACACGUCCGAUUCUGGAUCUUUCAGGUCAUUUUAAUCACCACCCCCACCAUCAUGUACCUGGGCUUUGCUAUGCACAAGAUUGCACGCAUGGAUGACAGUGAGUAUCGUCCCGUCCGGAACCAGAAGAAGAGGAUGCCCAUUGUCAGCCGUGGGGCAGUUCGAGACUACGAGGAGGCAGAGGACAACGGAGAGGAAGACCCCAUGAUUGCUGAAGAGAUUGAACAAGAGAAACCAGACAAGGCAGAUAAAAGCUCAGAGAAAAAGCAUGACGGUCGUCGGAGGAUCCUGCGUGAUGGCCUGAUGAAAGUCUAUGUGUGCCAGCUGCUGUGGCGCUCUGGCUUUGAGGUUGCCUUCCUGUUUGGCCAGUAUGUCCUCUACGGCUUCGAGGUGAUACCCUCCUACGUCUGCACUCGCUCGCCGUGCCCGCACACUGUGGACUGCUUUGUGUCCCGCCCCACGGAGAAAACCAUUUUCCUGCUGGUGAUGUACGUUGUGUCCUUCCUCUGCCUGCUUCUCACCAUCUUCGAAAUCAUCCAUCUGGGGAUCGGUGGCAUCCGCGACACCUUCCGCAGGCGGGCCACGCUCGCCUCACGAGCUCCCCUUCCAUCCUCAUCACGUGCCAUGCCUACAGCUCCACCAGGAUACCAUGCCACCAUGAAGAAGGAGAAACUGAAAGGAGAGCUGAGGGACUCGCCGAUGGGCGACUCCGGGCGGGAGAGUUUCGGGGACGAGGGGCCGUCGUCCAAGGAGCUGGAGAGGUUGAGGAGGCACCUGAAGCUGGCCCAGCAGCACCUGGACCUGGCCUACCAGGCAGAUGAGGGAAGCCCUUCACGAAGCAGCAGCCCCGAGGUCAACACGGCUGCACAGACGGCCGCUGAGCAGAACCGCCUCAACUUUGCGCAGGAAAAGCAGGGGGAGGCAAGCGAGAAGGGAAUACAUGCCUGAGCGUGCUUCCUGCCUCAAACGUCUGUUCUUCCAUUCCUACUGGCCUUUAAACACAUGGGGGAAGCACAUAUGGGAGAGCAGUCAGACCACUGAGGGAGACCAAAGCGUGUAUGUGUGUGUGCUUGUGUGUGGAUGAAAGAGACAUGCCUUUCAGUAUUAGGGGUCAGUCCGAAAGAAAAGAAAAAUGCUGACUGAACUGUGUUCGACAAAUGGUUCAUCUCCACGAGUCUAAACUUGAAAGCCUGCCACAUCUCGAGUUUCUGCUUGCUGACCUACGUCCAAACCUUGACUGUGCCUUCAGCUAAAACCAUGUCAACACCCUGUUCUUUCGCCCACUCUGUGUUUUUUGUGGCUGUGCAAUAAUCCUCGUCCAUUUCAGACCUUGUAAGGAUUAUCGAAAGCUUUAAACUCCUCUGGCCAAGUGUACUUUUGUCGUCUUCCUCACAAAAGAGAGGCUCUCUGUUUAUAAAAUGUCGCCGAAUGUUAAUGUCUCACUUUGUUGAGGCUUGUUGGCUUCGGAGAGAAUCUCAAACAACACAGCCUUAGGUUAUGUAAUUUUUGGAGCGUGUGUCGCAGUGUUUCUUUGCAACGAAGGCGGCUUAACCUGCGCUAGAUGAGUCAUGUUUAAUUUAAACAGAUUUGAUGUUAGGGAUUAUCGGUGUUUAUUAGCCACAAGUCACAGCAUUUCAGAAAUAUUUGACAGAAUUUUGAAGCCUGUAUAUUUACUCCAAUCGGCCAAAAUGUUUACCUGGGAAAUGCUUGAAUUCUUUAUUGACAGGAAAUGUUCCAAGGAAUUUCCAAGAAUCAUUUUUGUGUACAAUCAGUUCAUUGAAAAUACUCCGUUUAUUUUACCACUAGAAUAUUUACUUUGCAAGUUUGGCAUCACAUAUGCCACUUAUUUCACACCACUGCUGAAAAGUAGGCGCUUGAUGUUAAGAUAUCUUUCUUCCCUAAAUUAUGUACGAUAAGUUGAUUCAUCACACUGUUCGUCAUCACUGAAAUUUAAAGAAUAAUUUGACAUUUUGUGGGUUUUUUUGCAAACCAGCUGGAAACAUCUAUCUUCUGGGCUACUGUCAACAACAAAAUUCCAUCCUUGUCUUUUGAAAUUUACAUUCUCUUUUGGUGAGACAUAUUUUCCAUCCUUGACAUGUACCACUACCCCUCCGUUGUGCCAAACCACGGACGCUUUCAUGUGUCCUGGAAAAAACACAACCCAGCUGAAGAAAGGAUGACAGUUGGCUGCCGACGCACAGCUCGGUGCCAUGUAAACACAUAAUCUUUAAUUCAUCACGAGGACUUUGAUCAAUAGCUUUCAGUGUUCAUACAGACUUCAUACUCUUUCACUGCCUGUCAGUUGGUUUUAUGAUCUUUGGCUGAAAUGAUGAAACUACAGAUUGCCAAAGAGCUGUUUGAUGCUGUAUUUUUGUAAACAUCUCACUUCCAGUUUUGCUACUUAUUGCAAGGUACGACAUUCCAUUUUGAAUAUGGUAUUUCUUCAGUGGUUUAUACUUUUUUUUUUCUUUUGCAAGUUUUGUAGUUUUUGUAACUGUAGAGAUUAUUUUGUCUUCAGAGUAAAUAAAUAUAUUUGAACAGUU